UCGAACUCCGGUCGCAUGAGGAAGCCACAGGUUUCGGACGAAGUCGUAGAUGAUUGGGAGGACGACGAGGAUUUGGAAGAUGUCGCGUGCUCUCCAGAGCAGGAGGGAGAAGAGGAUCAGAGGAGGGCUGACAAACGCUCGCCUCAGGGCGCACAGGGAUCGGGAGAAGACUCCAAUCGUUGGCUAUGGGACGAUGCAAACAACCGCGCUCCGCCCGCGCCGAUGCCCACUGUGAUCCUCUCGUCGCGUUCCUCGUCGUCCAGCUCCACCCCGCCUCCCGCUGCGUUUCAGCCUCAGAUGAAGAUCCUGAAGCGCCCGAUGCCCGCUGUCGUGACACCCCAGCCCCCGCCCGCGGCGCCACAGUCCAGUUUCAAGGCGCGCGAGGCGGCGUACCACGCUGCGCGCGAGCGCAUCUUCGGAUCGCCGGAUCCAAGUGGAGGAGCCAGCGCCUCUAGUCCCGCGGCGAAUAAUAUCACCCGCAACCCCCACGGGCCAUCCCCGUCGAAUAGCAGCGACGGCUUCAAGAGCCGUGGUCGAGGGGCACCCAGGGCGAAGGAGCCCCCUCCAAUAGCCUGACUUGGACCAUCCCUGGCAUUGUAUUGUCUUCCGCUGCAAUCAUAUCUAUAUAUCACCAGUUUUUGCACAUAGUAGCUUGUUUCUCAAGCGCAGUGUGGUGUUGAGAUACGGGUCACAUUUAUAUGUAUACAGACAUUCGCAUCUUUCUUCUUCCUUCCUUCCUUCUUCAUCCUUCCUUCCUCUGCCGCUUAUAGAUGCUUGAUGAACCAGUCAACAGUGGACUUGAAGGCACCCUCUUUUCCCGCCCUGACCGCCGGGAUCGACAUGUCGCCGCGGACAGCGAACCCGUGCGUGCAGCCCUCGAAGUGCUCGCGCUUGUAGCCCGGCGCGAAGUCUUUCAGGAUCACGUCGCCCUGGAGCGCGGCCUCGACCGGGUAAUGCUCGUCGAACGUGCAACUGUUGACCAGCAACGGCGCAGUCGCGGUCAUG